AUGACUAAUGAUACUACCAAUAUUGCUACUAAUACCACUGAUGCCCCAAUUGAUUCGUUUAGUCCAUUGUAUAUACAUCCAUCUGAUAAUCCGGGCGCAAUGCUUGUACCAAAUCCUUUUAAUAGAACUGGUUAUAGAUCAUGGAGAAGAGGUGUACUACGUUCUUUGUCAGUAAAGAACAAGCUUGGAUUCAUCAAUGGCAAGUGCGAGAAGCCGGCCAGUAAUUCCCCAAAUUUUCAUUUAUGGGAGAGAUGUGACGAUAUGGUCACAUCUUGGAUUCUAAACUCUUUAGGAAAAGAGAUUGUUGAUAGUGUCGAAUAUGUGAACGAUGCAACUGAACUCUGGAGGAAAUUGGAGGAUAGAUAUGAUCAAACCAAUGGUGCAAAGCUAUAUCAAAUUCAAAAGGAAAUCAAUGAUUUGUCACAGGGAAUUUUGGACAUAACUGGUUAUUAUACAAAAAUGAAGAAACUAUGA